AUGAAAGAAUUCGGUGUUUCUAGAGGGUUGAGACAAGGAGACCCCCUAUCUCAUUUUCUCUUUGUUUUGAUAGCGGAGGCACUCACGGCCUUGGUGAGAAAAUCUAUUGAGUUAGGCGACUUUCAAAGUUUUGUCAUCGAGGGAAAGUAUAGAGUGGACAUCCUUCAAUUUGCAGAUGACACUUUAUUGGUGGAGGAUGGUAGUUGGAAGCAUAUUCGGGCGAUUAAGGCGGUUCUUAGAGCAUUCGAGCUUGUAUCGGGCCUUGGGAUUAAUUAUCACAAGAGUAAGUUGAUUGGUAUUAAUCCUAGUUAUCACUUUUUGGAAGCGGCGUCUCACUUUUUAUCUUGUAAAGUGGAGGAUAACAAGUUUAUUUUCCUAGGCAUUCCGAUUGGUCACAAUCCAAGGUUGGAAUCUACUUGGGAUCCUCUUUUAAACAAGACGAAGGCUAGAUUGGAAGGUUGGACUAAUCGCAACUUGAAUUUAGGAGGUAGGAUUACUCUUUUGAAGUCGGUUCUUAGUUCCCUCUCCAUUUUCACCAUGUCGUUUUAUAAAAUAUCGUUGAAGGUGGUGAAGAAAUUUAAUAGCAUACAAAGUAAAUUCCUUUGGGGAGGGGUAGAGGAGAAAAGAAGGAUACAUUGGGUUCAAUGGAAAGACGUUUGUCUUCCCAUGGAGAAAGAGGCGGAUUUGUUGAAGUUGAAGAGUCGGGUGGAUGCUUUUUCCGGGUGGAGACACGGUUCGGAUUCGGUUUGUUGGACCGAAGGACCGUCGAUGGAAUUCUCGGUAGCUUCUUGUUAUAAUUUUUACUUGAAUCUCCAUAUUCCGUUCGGACCACCUAACAUUCAUGAUGGUGUUUUUGGCAUUUUGUGGAAAAUGGAGGUUCCGUAUAAAAUCAAGGCAUUUGGAUGGAGACUUUUUCUAGAUAGGCUCCCAACGGUUGACGGUUUGGUGUAUAGAGGUAUGAUCUUCUCCAUUGAUAAUUCUAAAUGUGUUUUGUGUGGUAUUGUUCCGGAAGAUUGGAACCAUUUCUUUUUUGGUUGUUUGGUGGGUACAAAGAUUCGGAGUGACAUAGCUUUUUGGAUUGGUAAAGGAGGAAUUUUGGAAAAGGAGUGUAUACCGCAUUUUAUGGAGUGGCACUCUUUCUUCCGUUCUCGUAAGAUUAUAGAUAGUAAAUUGGACGUGGUGUGGCUAGCAACCGUUUGGUCUUUUUGGUUACUUAGGAAUGGUGUGCGUUUUCGGAAGGAAGCUUGGAGCAUUAACACUACAAAAAGGAAGUUGUGCAGCGACGUGGCCCCCACGUUGCAACAUGCAAUAUCACGUGGCAACUGA